GCACGUGAGAUAAUGCUAGCUAGCGAUCUAGAAACCGCCGUCGCAGGAAAAUCGUUCUCAGACAAAGAGGUGGAAUAUCUUUUGCUUGAGUUACACAACCUGCAGCUAAAGUCGUCCUUUACAAAUGGGUCAGACACUUCAGCGGAAAAUGUGAAACGCUCAUUGGAAAAACAGCAUGAAGAAAGGAAAAACCAAUUCAUAAUGGGUGAUCGAUUGAGAUCUGCGAUUGCAAUCAUGACGAAAGAAAAUUUGGAGCUAAAAAGAUACAUUUCUGCUUUGCAGGAUGAAUUGUAUGGCACAAGGAUGGCAGCUAAGUACCUAUACAAGGAACUCACAGGUCGGAUUCAACAGAUCCAGCUCUUAUGCCAGAAAAUUGAUGGACCCCAGUACGAACGAUUAUGGAACACUCUUGAAUCAGAAAUACUUCUUUGCAGACACAAGACAGUCAAUCGCACUUGCAGGGGACGACUAAAUCCACCUCCAGGUGAUUUAAUUCGAAAUUCUUUGGCUCUUUUUGAUACCGCAGGUAAGGAGGUGUGCAAUCGAGUGCGGCACGCAACUGUGUAUCGUUCGCCCAGCGACGAGUUGGGCAUUUCCAUUACCGGAGGCCUCGAGUAUGGCGUGCCCAUUCUCAUCUCCGAGAUCAUUCCCGAUCGAAUAGUGCAAAGGAGUGGUGAAUUUUAUGUUGGUGAUGCUAUUCUCGCUGUCAAUGGCAACGAUCUGCGUGACAAGCGACAUCAUGAAGCUGCAGAAAUUUUGGCUGCUCAACAGGGAAAAAUGGAAUUUGAUCUUCUCUUCCUUCAUGACGAUUCGAUGGAGGAGAUGGGCCAAAUUUGUACCGAUUCUCAGGGCAAUAGGUUUCGACUCUACGACGAGACGAGAGUUCUUCCCAGUCGUUUCCUCUUUCAAGUCACUCAGCAGUUGAAGGAGGCACAAACAAUGUCCAAUCAUCGGACACCUGAACAGCGUCCAAUUAUGGAGGAAGUGGCCGAGUAUCGCCGUUACCUAGAGAAUCGUGAUGUUAUCUGUCACAAGAUUGUUAAGUCUACGAAGUCAUCCCCAAGGCGACGCAGUAGUCAUGACGACUUCAUGAGCAUAUACGAGAGCUACCUCUGGCGGCCCAACGGUCUGGAGAGGGGACCAGGUCGUGGUGGAACACCGCCACCGGGCGCAGAGAAACUGAAUGGGAUGCCUCUGCCACAGAUACUCGCUUCUCAAACGGUGUCCACACCUUCGGCUCUUCCUUAG